UGGGGGACGAAAAAAAAAAAGAACUUUUUUGUGCCAUUGCCGUGUAAAGUACUUUUUUUCUGUUCACUUAAACGAAUUGCAAUAUGGCUUCAGCGGAUAUUCCUGAUCCAGCUACCAAUUUCAAGGCAUAUCAAGCGUCGUUGUUCAAGGCGCUCGUGUCCGCUACCUCGGCCGCCAAUGCAUUACCGCCGAAUGAUCUCGGGUUUUACCGAUCCCUCGAUCGUGACUUUGCCAAAAACUUGGACUCGGCCGGAUCAAGAGUAUUGGACCUGUCCAACCGUUUAUUACAGCAGGCCUCGAACGAUACCGGUAUCGUGGCAUCGAAAUAUGAAGAUAUCGACGAUGUCGUGGAUCGCUACGGCAGCGCUGUCGACGUGAUGGAUAGUCUGUUGGAGAAAGCCGAUAUCUGGUUGGAUGAAUACCUGGGACGCAAUAAGAAAAACGAUGAUAGUGUCAAACAAAAGGCACCCGAAGUAGCGCAAAUAUCUGCCAAAUCCAAUAGUGGAAAGCUCGAAUACAAAUAUUUGCACGCCAGCAAUGUGGUUCGUCCCCAAUUGAAAUUCAAAGAUCGCGUUGACAAUCUGUCAUCGACGCCAUUUCAACGCAAGAUCGUGGUAAAACCUCAUGCGAUGGUACCACUCGAUCACGGAUUGAGCGCUGAUGCGAUGGAGACCGAAGAUGGCAUACCACGAUCGUUACCUCACCCUUAUGAGUACGAAAUCCAUCAUAUCACGUAUCCUGAACAUAUGUUUGAGAAACGAGAACCUCAGCAAUACCUUCCAUUCGACUCGACUUCGGCAACCUGGGUGGAUAAUGAUGAAUCACUGCAAGCCAUGAUGGACCAUCUCAGGGGUUAUCGCGAACUCGCCAUCGAUUUGGAACAUCACAACUACCGAAGUUAUCAGGGAUUUACAUGUUUAAUGCAGCUUAGCACACGUGACGAGGAUUUUAUUAUCGACACUUUGGAACUUCGUGAUCGCCUUUGGCAACUGAAUGAUUUCUUUGCUGAUCCUACGAUCGUCAAAGUGUUGCAUGGUGCAGAGAGCGAUAUCAUCUGGCUUCAACGGGACUUUGGCCUGUAUAUUGUGAAUCUAUUCGAUACCUACUUUGCAACCAAAGUGCUUGAGUUUCCUCAUCACAGUCUGGCCUAUCUUUUACAGAAAUAUUGCAAUUUUAUUGCUGAUAAGAAGUAUCAGUUGGCAGAUUGGCGUAUUCGACCAUUACCGCAGGAGAUGUUGGAUUAUGCACGUGCGGAUACCCAUUAUUUGUUGUACAUCUACGAUUGCGUACGCGACGAAUUAUUGGAGAAAUCCGGUGCCAAUGAGAACUUAUUGCGAUCUGUUCUGCAGCGAUCAGCAGAGUUGGCGUUGACAAAGCAUGAAAAGCCUACGUACGAUGUGGAGACGGGACUAGGCCCAGGGGGUUGGAGCGGCUUGUUGCGUAAAUGGAACAACCCAAUGAACGAGCAGCAAUUUGCGGUAUUCAAAGCAUUGCAUCACUGGCGUGAUCAUGUUGCACGAGAAGAAGAUGAGAGUACGAGAUACAUUUUACCUAACCACAUGUUAUUCGCGCUGGUUGAACGAAUGCCCACCGAAUCGGCUGGUGUGAUUGGUUGCUGUAAUCCGUGCCCACCGACGGUACGUAUGAAUGCUCAAGCAGUCGCUCUCCUUAUUCAACGAGCCAGAAUGGACGGGUUGCGUUCACUUGAAGAAGGAAAAUCCAAGGCCAACCAAGCCAUCACGGACGCAGCGGCCGCGAAGCCGGAGGUGACCACGGUGAGCUCCGCAAGAAAGCAAGCCAAAGUGGUGCAAAAAGUGGAUCCCGCAACUUUUGAUCUGGAAAAGGUCAAUCAGCAACGACAAGCAACCGCCGCAACCUUAACCAAACCAAUGUCAGUGUUGUUUGGUACGGACACGUCGAGCAGCAGUGCAAGCGAAGAGACCGCCAAACAAUUAGCGGAAGAGAUCCGUUCUACGAUUAAAUUGAUUCUCCCCAUCGAUACCUUGAAGAUUAAGCGUGUCAAAUCGGUGGCCGAUAUAACACCAGCAGCAGAAGAGGCGUCUGCCGAGCAUGUGUAUGUACCUGCGCAAGAAAGAGUGACCACACCCGCGAAACGAAAAGAAAACGAUGUGAUCGUGGUGGGACAUUUCCCGAAACGGUCAAAAAACGACAAACGGUCUUAAACCUUGGAGAGUCCCUUGGAAACCAAUAAAAGUUCUUAUCAUCAUCAUUCAUAGAAACCUUAGUAACCGAAGUCUCUUUUUUUUUUCUUUAUCGUGUGAAUGGGUUGAGUCCACAGAUGGGGC